AUGGUCUGCUCGUCCCUGUUCAAGACUGCGGCCUUGGUGUCCUCGACGCUGCUGGCUUCGUCUCUCCCGGAAUCGCUAGGAGCUACUUACGCAGCUCCAAUGAUUGUUCAACUUACGCACAAGUCCGGCUCUCGUGCGGAGGUUUCUACCCUCGGCGUGCAAGUGAUUUCGUUCUACACGUGCCACAACCCGGAUGUGAACGUGCUGUUCAUGAACAAUGACCAGUCGGCCUUUGACGGUAUAAACCCCAUUCAGGGCGGUAUUGCUGCCGUGUUCCCCUUCUACGGGACCUCCAAAGCCUACUCUGUCCCUACUAACGGGUUUGCUCGUACUAUGGUGUGGGAGGCCGGCAGUUUGGUUCCGGCGGCAAAUGCCACCCAGCCCACCUAUGCUGUCUUCCACCUGAAGUCGUCUGACGCCACCAUGCAGCUGUGGCCUUUCGCCUUCCAGCUGAUGUACGAAGUACAGUUGUGGCCAUUUUCGCUCGAGAUCACCUACACUGUGAUCAACACGCACACGACAGCCAUCAGUUUCGACCUGCUGCUACAGAACUACUUUGCUGUCCCUACGAUCCGCGACGGCAAUGUGAUGAUUUCGGGCCUACAGGGAUAUGAAUUCCUUGACCGGAUCACGAACAAGGUCCAGAUCGACGAGUGUGACAGCUUCGGCAUUCCUAUUCAGGUCGACUCUAUCCACAAGAACGUCAACACCGACGUAGUCGCCCACGUCAAGGGUGAGCAGUGCAACCGGAACUUCAUCGUUAAGGCCACUGCUACCACGGGUGAUGGUGCCCACACCCCGGCUAUGCCCUGUACCGACCGUACUGUCUGGAACCGCUGGAACACCAGUACAGGAAACUUGGCUGACUUUGGUGACGACAAGUACCUUCGCACGAUCGCCAUUGGAUCUGGACGCGUGAGCGUGAUGCAAGUGCUUUACCCGAGUUUGCACUUCGCCCUGAACCAGGUCAUUACGGUCGAGACAGUUUAG